GAUGGGUGCUCAGGUUCGGCUGUACUGGGCCAACAUCACAGGUUACAUCAGAUUAGCUCUGGUGUUGGCUGCCUGGGCUGCAUAUGAGACACCAUCACUAUUUGUCCCUCUGUACUCAUCAUCUGUCCUGCUUGAUGGAGUGGACGGCUGGCUGGCGAGGAGGCUGAACCAGUGCUCCAGGUUUGGAGCGUGGCUGGAUGUAGUUGUGGACAACUUGGGCCGAGGCAUGCUGUGGAGCCUGCUGUUUAAGUGGGGUUGGCUGGUGUCUGCGGUGGAGUGGUGUGUGUUUGUGUGUAACCACAGCGCCAGAGGUGACAGAUGGAAGAACAGCUUCAGCACCAGUCCUCCACUCAUACAAGCCAUCAUGUCCAACGGGUUUCGGACCCCUUUGGGCCUCUGGGUGGUGAGUGGUCUGCACCUCCUCCCACUGUGGCUCUAUGGGUUCCAGAGGGGUUUACUGUCCCACUGGUUGGAUGUGCCUCUGUGGAUCCAGACUCAGGGGACGGUGAUGCUGGCGGCCGGCCGCCUGCUGGCCCUCUCAGCAGAGAUGUGGUGUAUAUGGACACAUAUUCAGUACCUCACCAGGGAUUCAGAUGAGUCAGAGGAGAAAAACAACUAAUUCUGAAUCUUCUGCUACAAGCUGUGGUGUCAUGUGGCAUCUGGUUCUCUCCAAAGACG